AUGGACGCGAAGAAGGCGUUGUUCCGGGCGAAGCUGAGGGAGGCGGCGCAGAAGCGGGAGAAACGCAUCGAUUCUCCUCUUGUGAGGUGCUCUAUCUGUUUACAUUCCUUUCUUGUCCUGCCGAGAGCUGUGGGUUCCGUUAGUAUUUAAUUUCUGGCGUGAUACUUUCUUGCAUAGCUUUUACUAAAAAGUUCAGUAUUUUUAGUUUCUUUUUCAUUCAAAUUCCUAUGCCUAAUUUAACAGACAAUGUGUGCGUAUUAUUGGUGGCGCUCAUGAUUUUUAACGAGAAGUAGUAAUCUGUUCUUCUUCCGAAACAGUGAUCUCUCUGGAAUGCCGUGUUUCAGACUCUGGGGUUUAUUUCUGAUUGCAUUUUCCUUUCUACCACGGCAUCCAAACCUAUAAUUUCCCCUUUUCUGAUUAUAUCUUAAGAAGAAGGAGAAAUUUAUUCUUGAUCAAAUUUUUUUAGAUGUGAUGUCUCAAUUAUACUCUUUACUAGGUUUACAGUCCGAGCGCUGAACGAGUCACCACGUUUCUGAUGAUUUUGGCACAUUUGUAAUGGUGACAUCUUAAAACGGAAUCCAAGCGUGGAAAUAAAGUAGACUUCUAGUUUGUCUUUGUUUUCUCAGGAUCACUGUUGGUGUGAUUACUGUGGCAUUACAGCUGCUUAAAAGGCGAAGAAACUAUGUUUGAGCAUUGCACUUCUAAAUCUAGAAAGUCGAUUACAAAUGUGUCAAAACACUAACUGUAAUUGUGAGGGAAAUGUAUAAAACACUCACUAUGAACAUUCUUCUUUCUCGUUGUAUAAGGUGCUUCUUUUGGGGAAAGAGAUUAUGUUAUUCAUGCGUUAUUAUUAUUUAUCACAACUUAAUGAGUGAUGGUGUUGAAAUUCGGUGAUGAAGUAUUUCAUAGGUGCAUUGAUAUAGAAGUGAAUAAAGCCAGACUUGUUUGAGCGGCCGCUGGGUCUUAAUCGACAUAAUUUUGUUUUUCUCAUUUUUCCUUUUGAUAUAUCCUCCUAGAUGGAUAAUAAAUUUAUUCGCAAAUGAGGAGACGAUUUUCCUUAGAUAUGGCUGUCUGGACCUUCUUAUUGCAGGUAUAAUGAAUAUGAUCAACCAGUUUGCAAGGUUUGCAAUGUUACAUUGAAGUCUGAAUCGCUUUGGCCAGCACAUCAAGUUUCCAGGAAGCAUCGUGAGGUGGAACCUUUUCCCUUUUUAGUGAAUAAAUUUAUUUAUUUAUUUGAGCAGUAUGUAUGUUAUAAAAUAAUCUUUAAGUAUUAGGCUAUGUUUUUAUUUAAAAUAAUUGGUUAUGCGCAUUUUCUUUACUUUUCAGCACUGUUUCUGAUAAAAAUGUUAUGAAUACGCUAAGUUUCUUAAAGUUCCCGAACAUAAAAAUGGAAUUGUCUUUACUGUGAGGAUGGGAGGUAGCAUAACUCCUGUACAUUCUCUAAGGUUGACACAUUCAUCAAAAGAAUAGCUUUGGCAUGCUAAGCAUGUAUUUAUAAAACUGCCCGCAAUGCUGCAUGCUAAGAUGAGAUGGGUUCUUAAAUGCAUUAUUAGUUCAUGUUGCAUGAAGAUUAGCCAUCAUAAUAAUCACGUGUCAAUAGAUGUUGACAUCAUAAAAUCAUUUCGUAAGUGUAUCAGCCUUACUCUACUCAGGAUCCAUUAUCUUUCUUACCCAACUUUGUACCGUACAGACGUUAUUAAUAAUCACCAAAUGCAAGAAAAGCCAGAUGAACCAAUUUCUCUGUUCAGGUGUCUGGGGUUUCGAGGAUUUCUUCUUCUCUGAUUGGGUUAGAGAAAGUUUUUGUGACAUAUGAUGGAUAGAGAUAUUAUGCUAGAUCAGUUGUUUUUUCCGGAGUCAUACAUUGGAUAAGGAGAAUGUAAUGAGGAGUCAUAUGGAGUUCAGUUAUAUGGGAGUCAUGUUGAAAAGCAGAUUGGAAGGGAGAUCUGAAUAAUUACUUUCGCUCAGGCCUUGAAGCUGGCCCUUGAUGAUGAUGGUUCAUGUCACCACAGACUUAAGUUUUGAAACUGAUGUUCACGAACUAUUUAGCUAUUAUUCGUUUGAACAUUUGAUGACUGGUUUGUUGUGUCAGUGCAUCUUAACAUGUUUGAACUCUAUUUGGUAAAGGUUAGUGCUACAGUGUUCCUUGGCUGUAUGAAGGAUAUCGAUUUGAAUAGCUGCAUGGUUCAUUGUUGAGUAGAGAUCGCUUGAAGGAAUCCAGUACUUGUGUGAUACUUCACUAUUUUUUGUUUCCUUUUAUCAACUUAUAUGUAAUCAUAAACUUCAAACCAAUGCUACAUAUAUGGUUAUAAAAAGUUAAGAGAAAGGAGCAAUGAAUGUAUCAGAUUUGGCUUCCUACCUGACCCAAAAUAUAUGGGAAGGGUAAUACAUUUUGUUUCUGAGCAUAUUUUUUUGUUGAGUUUCUACAGUAUUAAAAAUCACAAGUAAACUGAGGCGUCUGAGCUCCAUUUAUAUAAUGGUGAUUAAUAUUCAAAAUUUUAGUUUUAAUCUUUCGGGGAUUCCAAUUGUGUAUUUAACUGCUAUUGAGCUCUUCCAUAUGUUUUCACCUCAGAUUGGCAAUGUUUCUCGUGGGACAUUCUGUUUCUAUUCAAUUUUCGUUUUCCUUUCUAUGAAAUUCUUCUAUUUUAUUGUUAAGUAUGUCGUCAUUCUGAAGUCAAUAGGGUUACACAGUUUGUCAAUGCUUGUCGUAGAAAAAAAUUGGACCCUUGUUGAAAUUCGGUCGCUCAUGCAUUGCGGUUUGUGCAUUAUUACAGGCCAUUGAGAAUGUGAAAGCCCUUGCUACAGCACGAGACCACCAUAAUGUAAAGUCAGAUCGACAAAAAGACUUGGAGAAACCUCAGCCAUCAUCUAAAGUGGCUUCAGAAUUUUUUGAUAAACCUGAGAUAAAAAGACAAAAGAUAGGUAAGUGGAGCAAUUGUGAAAAAAAAUGCUUCUCCAGUUUUUAUUUUUAUUUUUUUGUUAGUAUGGAUGUACGAGGGUUUUUCUGUUGCUAUGACAUUUCCAGGUAGUGCUUAUCUAUUUUCCAGGGUUUUGUUAGUAUCGAUUCCGUGCUCAUUUUCUGAGCUUAUUUGCUUCACUUCGAAUCGUCUCAAGUUUAACUGAUCUGUUGCUUCACUUCUGAGCUCAUCUUCUGAGUUUAUUCAGCAUAGUUUUUCGGCCCUUUCAGUAACCAUUUCCCAACUCAAAGUGACAUUUCUUCCCUAAAGAGCCUUUCUAUACAUCUGAAAUUUGAUUAGCAAGAGAUUACAAAAGAGUCUGAAUGGUAGUGCGAUUGCACUGCUACUGUCACAAGUUCUCUAUGGAAAACAGUUUAGAUACAUUUGUUUACGUGAAGAUUAUCAUUUCAGUUGUACCGAAGAAAAAGAAUACUUUAAUGCAAUAUUUGGCUAUCUCUCCCAUGUCUUUGUCUUGGUGUUUCAUGAGUUUUCAUCUUUCUCUCCUUGGUAUCUCCUCACCGCAUCCUCCUUGGAAAGAAUAGGAACCGCCAUCUGUAUGGUAUGUGAACCUCUUUUAAGUUGGAUAGGGUGGCUACGUGGGCUCCGUUUUGAACAGCCAUGUGUGCAUCUUCUUUGAAGAGGGGUGAGAUUUUCCAGAAAGAUGAGCAUGUCAUUAGGCUUGCGUUGGAGAUAUCAAGGGGAUUUUCAAGACUUUUCAUCCCUUAUUGGCGGAUUAGGAAAGCUGCAACUGUUACUCUCUUCUCUACCCCCUUAGGGCUUCCUUUGUCUGGUCUGCUGCCCAUUGCAUCCCUAUUCCUUGCUGCACGAAGGGAGCCUAGAUUGUUGGGACCCUUCAUCCAUGGGACGGCUUGCAAUAUUCAGUACCCCCUGUGAAAUUGUAAAUCUUUGGUGAAUUUUAUAUUUCCUCAACCAACUUUACUAUCUAAUUUCUUCUAAACCUACUUUUGUAGGCCAUAAUAGUUCACUCUCAGGCACAUCUAUUCUCAAAGUUCCUGGCGACCUCUUCUCCAAUCAAGAAGAGUGUACCAGGAUUUCACAAGAUGGAAAGUCACCAGUGGCAUUUACCUAAGUUACUCCUUUAGAUAAGUUCAAUGGAGGUAGGGAAUUUAAUUAGAACAGAGGAAGAUAAUCCCUGAUCAAAAGAAACAUCUUAUAAACAGAAAUUCCAGACCUUUGGUUCGCUGCAGAUUAUUGGAUUCUUAGUACCCAAUUUUAAAUGCAAAUAAUUAUAUCAACACCCAAGAUUGAUACAAUGCACCAUGCCCAAGACUGAAUGUCACAUUGUAGAAUACUUUAUCUUGAGUCAUCUGAAAUGUGGUAUUUUUUAAUAUGUAUGCCACUUGUAUGUCCCUGCAUGAUCCUCAUUACAGAGGCUUCAAACUACUUUCUUCACAGAAAUCUCAAUCGUUCAUUGCAUAUCUGGGUAUCUGCUCUUCUGUUGCACCAUCUGAUGCGGUUUCUUUUGUUCAUUAAGGUGGAGAAGAAAGUUCAACCGUUGAAUUCGCCGUGACUAGAUCACAGAUCGAGGCAUCAUCUUCGACCAAUCAGGAAUCAAGGAAAGUUGGUAGUUCAGAAAGCAAGCAAGCAAAAGGGUCCCUUCCUGAUGGCUUCUUCGACAAGGAAAUAAGUGCAAGUGAGCAGUCUGAACCCAUGGCUCAGCCAUUCAAAAGGGUAGACGCCCCAACAGCAAGAAAAGUCAAGGGUGUUCUACCUGAGGGUUUCUUCGAUGACGGCAAUGCAAUGAAUGAGAACAUCUCUUGGCAGCCCAGUCAACCAUCAACAGUGACAGAUGUCUCUGAGGUGAAGCAAGCGAAAGGAGCUCUUCCUGAAGGAUUUUUUGAUAAUAAAGAUGCAGAUCUCCGUGCACGUGGCAUCCAACCAGUUAAGGUUGACAUCAGGUAAGUAUCUUUUUUCGUUGUUGUCUAUGAUCCCUCACAGAGACGGUUCAUACUAUUUUUAAUUUUUUUUUUUGGUUGUCUGCGCCGCACCCCAUUAAUGUAGAAUCUUAGGACUUCCAAAAAAAUCCACUCAAGUUCGAAGAAUCUUCUUGCUACAAAGACUCGAAGCCGCUCCCUCACUCUAGAGCAUUAAGAAAUAUGUGUACUUUGCUGGGAAGCUCUGGAAACUAGCAGAUUUCAUUGUUCUAUUCAUUCCAAAUAGGAAAACUUUAAGCUAGCUAUCUUUCCGUUUCCAUGGUCGAUCUUACAUACAUAGUGGUGGCAUGAAAGGGUCUUUAGGUUGUUUCCUAGUACUACCAACAGGGUUCUUGGAUUGGAUUGGAAUUCGGAUGAUGAAUAUGACGCAAUAAUAAUAAUAAUAAUAAUAAUUAUUAUUAUUAUUUCCUUAAUAGACCAUGAGGAUUUAGAAAAAUAUUUCCAGAAUAGUAGGAAUCCCAAUAUACAAGUAAUUCAUAAGGGACAGACUGUUUCUUGUUCGCAUUGGGAUUUGAGAAGACUUCUACUUCAGCAUACUGUUGGGUCAGAUUAAUAGUGAUCUGAAGAUGGUUUAUAUUGCUUUUUGUUCUCUGCUGCUCCAUAACUUGAUGGUUCUAGGGACCCAACAUCUCAAACUCUAAAACCUUGUUCCUCCCAAACUCAGUGAUGCGUACAAGGAGUUUGAGAAGGAAAUUCAGGACGACUUGCUAGAGGUGGACGAUCGCCUCGAAGAAGAGGAGGUGGAAUGCUCAUCACUGCCUGUUCUUCAACUGUACAUUGCUUGCAUAUUUUCCAAGUGUCUAUCUGUUUUUGUACUGAUACCAUCCAUCCACACCCCUCCUGCAGAUUGAUGCUGCCGAGAUGAGACAGGAAUUUGAGCGCGUGGAGCAGAGGUGGUGCCUCCUCCCCCAGCUUUCCAUAUAUUUUGUUCUAUCUCUGUAUGGUCCCCUGGUAGAGCGCCCCCCAUUUAUCCUCUUGAUUCCUCACAGGGAAUAUAGAGAGAGAGUGGAAAUGGUGAAGAAGAGGCUCAUGGAGGCCAAGGCUGUGCAGAAUGCCAGAGGUCAGAAGAGGCCUGCUUUCAUGCGCCACGAGUCCAGCGACGAAUCCUCCACCGAUGAAGAGGAGACUUUCGCAGUAGACUGGAGAGCAAAGCAUCUAUGA